AUGGUUAGACGAUGUGAAAGCGUAUUACUCUGUCCUACAGCAACAUGGCAGAGAAACGCCACAACCGUUGCUGGAUCCAGUGCAGCUACAUCCGGUUCGAAUUCAACAACACUCAACGGACCCAACGCCGUAGGUGUUGAUAAUAAUUCGAACAUAUAUGUUCUCGAUAGUGGUAACAACCGUGUACAACGUUUCCUUUCGAAUUCAGCUAUUGGAACAACAAUUAUCAAUGGUAGUUCGGGCAAUGCACUCAAUCAGUUUAAUACUCUGGAUGAUAUAAGCAUAGAUAACAAUGGGAAUAUCUAUAUACUCGAUGGUGGUAAUGACCGUGUAAUGAAAUGGACACCAGGAGCGUCGUCAGGUGUAAUUGUUGCUGGUGGAUAUGGUAUUGGUAGUAAUGUAAGUCAGUUAAAUAAUGCAAAAGGAAUGCUCUUGGAUACGAAUACAUCAACAAUUUGGAUAGCUGACACUGAUAAUCAUCGUAUAGUGAAGUGGAUUUCACCAACAAGUAGUAUGGUGGUUUGUGGUAGUUUUGGAUCUAAUAGCAAUCAAUUUUAUUAUCCAUAUGGAUUAUUUAUUGAUACAAGUGAUUCAAAUACACUUUAUGUAGCAGAUACAUUUAAUCAUCGAAUUCAGCAAUGGUUAGCUGGUGCUACUCGAGGUACGACACUAGCUGGGAUAACAAGUUAUUAUGGCACUGGUUUGAAUCAAUUGUGGUGUCCAACAGCUGUGAUAGUGGAUAAUUAUCGAAAUAUGUUCAUCACCGAUGCCACCAACAAUCGUAUUUUACGAUGGUCUAUUGGAACAAGUUCAGGAAUGAUCAUCGCAGGAGAUUUGACUUCUGGAUCAGCACCAAACUUGCUGAAUAUUCCCAUGAAUAUGGACUUCGAUUCAAAUGGAUCUUUAUUUGUUGUAGAUAAAUCGAAUAAUCGAAUUCAAAAUUUUCUUAUUUCUUGUCCGUAUGUAGAUAACACUUCAACAACAGUUUCACCAUUGACAACAUCUGCAUCUAUAUCGAAUAUUAACUCCUCGACGUCGCUUUGGUCACUUAAUGGAACGACAAUCGCUGGUUCAUCUGUAGGUUUGAGUGGAAGUUCAUCAACAUAUUUGAAACAACCUGUGGAUGUUACCAUAGAUAAAAAUGGCAUACUCUAUGUGUUAGAUUCAAGUAAUUAUCGUGUUCAACGUUUUCUCCCAGGUUCUACAAUCGGAACAACAGUAGUUUAUGGCAGCGUUGGCACCGGACUGAAUCAGUUUGCCUACAUGGAUGGUUUCAAUGUAGAUGCCAAUGGUGCUAUUUAUAUUGUCGAUCAUGGUAAUAAUCGUGUCGUGAAAUGGUUACCUGGUGCAACGAACGGAACAAUUGUUGCUGGGGGUUAUGGAAGUGGAAGUAGUGCAAAUCAGCUGAAUUCUCCAUACGGGAUAUUCAUACCAAACAACUCAUCAACUAUCUGGAUAGCUGAUACCGUCAAUCAUCGCAUCGUAAGAUGGAAUUCUUCGACAACAGGUACUCCUAUUUGUGGAAGUUAUGGAUCAGGUUCAAAUCAAUUCUACUAUCCAUUCGGAUUAUUUGUUGAUACAAAUGCGUCGAAUACGUUGUAUGUUGCUGAUACAUAUAAUCAUCGAAUUCAACGAUGGUUGUCAGGAGCAAUCAAUGGAACAACUGUUGCAGGACAAACAAGAGUUUGUGGUAAUGGAUACAAUCAGCUAUGUAAUCCAACGGCUGUUAUUGGAGAUAUGAAAGGAUUUAUCUACAUUGCCGAUCGUUCUAAUAGUCGUAUUAUGAGAUGGGUGAUAGGAUCAAGUUAUGGUACUGUUAUAGCUGGAAGUUCAACAAUGGGAGUAUUGCCAAAUCAAUUUUAUUAUCCAAAGAAUCUACGGAUCGAUGCCAACGGAUCUUUAAUUGUUGCUGAUACUUCUAACAAUCGCAUUCAGAAAUUUUCUCUGCUUUUUGCAUCAUGUGUCAAUAUUACAACUCAAUCACCGUCAGAUUCAACUUCAACAGCACCGCCUUUUUUGACUGUCAUCUCUAGUUCGACACAGGGAACGCCGAGUGACACAUUAUUAGACUCAUCAGUGAUGUUCAUUGUGCCUUCUAUUGCGACCAGUUCUACACUAGGAAUAACAAGUGCAGCGACGACAGCCCCAUCAGUGAUAUCCGACUCUUCUACUCCAACUUCGACAGAAGAAAUGACAACUGGAACAACAACCGAUGCGUCAGUAGUUUCCAUUUCUUCUUCGUUGAGUUCAACAAAAGAAAUAGCAAUCGGUACACCAGCAGGUUCGUCAAUACCAUCUGCUUCUAAUGCAAUUACGGACCCCACACCGGAAAUCAUAAGUGGAACAGCAAUAUAUUCGUCGAUAGUGACCACGUCGUCUCUUUCUUUGAGUUCGACUACAGGCUCACCGGUGGAAUCCGAUCUGUCUACCUAUUCCACUUUAAUAUAUGCGAGAACAAAUGAAGUAACAGUAGCAGAUUCAUCCAUGAUACUCUCUUCUUCUGCUACUCCGACAUCAGAAGCGGUGAAUGAAAUAGCGACAGGUUUGCAAGCGGUAUACGACUCUUCGACUACUGCAGCUUCGGCGUUGACCAUGAGAAGUUCAACAACAGAAGGCUUAUUAAUUCUUCCCCAUUCCACACAGGGAACGUCAAAUGACGCAAUAUCAGAUGCGCCAGUUAUGUCCACCAUUUCUUCUGCUGCUACCAAUUUGACACCAAGAACAACAAGCGCAGCGACAGCGGCUUCAUCAAUGACAUCCGACUUUUCUACUUCAAACUCGACAGCAAAAAUGACAACUGGAACAGCGACAGGUCCAUUAAUAGUUUCUGCCAUUCCUCCCACGCCUACUAGUUUAGCAUCAGGAAUGACAAGCGGUAGAAUACAAGAUCUAUCAGUAGCAUCUACUGCUUCUACUUCUCCGAGUUCGACAGCAGGUUCAUCAAUAGUAUUCGUUCCUUCUGCAACUACCGGCUUCGAACCAGAAACGGCAAGUGCAGCAACAACAGUUUCAUCAACGGUGUUCACUUCUUCCUUUUCACGUUCGAGUUCGAUUCCGGUGACAGCAAGUGUUUCUUCAAUAGUAUCUACUUCUUCUUUUAUUGCAAGUCCGACAUUCAAUAUAACAAGCAUAGCACCAACACACGCAUCAACAAUAUUCACUUCAUCAUUCUCUUCAAGUUUAAAACCAAAUAUAACAAGUGGAGCAGCAGCAAUUACUCUUUACAUAACUCAACAAUCAAAGCUGAAACUUCGUGAACGAGCGAAUCAACAUAUGUCAACAAAUACGAAAACACUUUUGUCAUUACCAUUAGAAAUUCUUCACCAAAUUUUUGAUGAUCUCGACGCAAAGACUAUAUUACUUUCAGUGCGACGUACUUGCAAGCAAUUGCACUUGGCUGCUAACACAUACAAUCGAUUGAAACUAGCACGGGUGUCAAAACAGAAAUUAACCAAGAUUCGUCAAGUUCUUGUACCCGAAAAUGUUCUUUCGCUACGUAUCGCACGUGGCAAUAAUUUUUGGAAAAUCAAUGAUUUAGCUUCUUUUAUCGACCGUCUCUAUCAGUUCACCUACCUUCGCUCUUUAACAAUAGAUGUAUCAAAUGAUACUGAACUUAACAUUCUAUUAAAGUAUCUUUCCGCCAGUCAAAUAACUGAACUGACAAUCGGCAUUGAAAUUGAAGAGAGUUCUCCUGAAAUUGAGUCGAUCAAUCAUUGCCUAUUACAAAGUCUAUCUUUGAAUCGGUGCACAUUCAAACAGUUUGCAUCGAUUAUACGCCACUGUUCUAAUUUGCAAAAGCUGAAUGUAUCUUACAUAGUUGACAAAACAAAGAAUCAGACACUUCAAGAAUAUUUUAUUCCGAUGGUUUAUUCAAACAUGACAAAUCUUAGCUUGGAAUGCUCGAAUAUGAGUACAGAUGGCUUCGAAAUAUUAAUUUCGUGUAUGCCUUCAAUUUCCUGUUUAAGCUUGUAUGCAUUAAUCGUUUCAGUAAAUCGUUGGUUUGACGGUUUAUUCUUAGAAAAAAUCAUAUCGAACAAAUUAUCGCGACUCAAAUAUUUGAAGUAUCAUUUUACUAUCAAAGCGAACAACUAUGAUCAAUUAGAAUCAAUAAUAGCUCCGUUUCGGACGCCGUUUUGGCGCGAAGAGAAAAGAUGGUUUUUUAGUUGUACGCGGUCCGCUCGUUUUCCUCGAGUUCUGCUAACUCUUGAAUCACCACCGACACAACUAACCGAUUUGAAUGAGUGCAGCGACAAUCACUAUUUUUCACUCUUCAGUAUACCAGCCGCAGCCAACGGGAGAGUCGCGAUUGGUACGGUACGUUCGAUUUCCUUUGGUUUGGCUGAUAUGUUGAUCGAGGCCAGUGACACAAGGGUCAAUUAUGCAAACUAUUAUUACUUCAGCCAUCCAACUGAUCUUUCACUUUAUAUUCAUAAUGUAUGGAAAUCCGGUUGGCUUCAGUCACUUUUAUCGCUGAUGGAACUUGUGCAUCUGAAAUGUCUUUGUUUUCAACAUUCUGGCGAUCACACGCAUGUUCCAGAUUCUUUAUUAUAUAAUAUCGAGAUUCUGCUCGAUCAAGCACCAAAUGUUGACGAUUUACGUAUAAUUAGUAAUGAUAUAAGCAUGAAGCAAAUAUGUUCAAUUGUUCCAUGUCGAAUAAAAAGUUUGAUGGUUUCGGUGAAGACCUACGAAGACAUGAAAAUUAUACUAAAACAGCUCGAUCAUUUGACAAAAGUUAUCUUCAAAUAUAGUAAUUCUCGAAGUCAAUCAAAAUUGUUUAAACAAAUUAUUCGAUGGGUUGCUCAUAAAAAAAAAAGAUUUGCACAUAAAAAGCGCAAAGAUUCAUUGGAAAUAUACUUUUAA